CUAGCCAGCCAGCCAUGGGCAAGAUCUCUCAACCACGGGCUUGACUCAAAGUGGCCGUCAACGCCCCAAGAUCUAAGUCUAACCUUUACUUUGCUGACCAAAACCCUAUUUCGCUCAUAGGAUACCAUGCACGGGCGCACAUCGUAUUCAAGUAGCGAGACUUACCCCAGGUUAUACUUAUUCGUGUUUUGUCUGUCACUACCUGGCUGACUAUAUUAUAUCUCGCCUUACAUCCCUCAUCCCAGUCAUCCAUGUUAUUUUACUUUUGCGUUGUGCCGGGAGGAAUGGUGCUCGUCUUCCAGUCUUAACUAUUUCAUUGUCCCUGUUCAGGAUGGCAGUGAUUGAUUCGAGGCCAACCUUCCACAACGCCAGAAUGGCCCUUAUUGACUGCGUUGGGUACGCCUUACUUUCUAGUAUUGUUGUCGGGACGAUACUUUUAAUUCGACAUGUCCGAACAAGGCAUUCUUCAAAUGAUACCGAAAUGUCGUCCUCCAGCUCGCCUGCUGUCGGAAGAUUGAGUCUCGACUUACCGUCGUCUUCGCCGACCCAGUCUCCAACUGACGAUUUUGAUCUCCUGAAGACACUUCUUGAUAAUAACAACACUCCUCCGAGCAAUGUCACCAGUGGAUUCCUUGCCGCCAAAGCUGACAUGGAGCGUACGGAUGGAACGGAAUUAGUCAACAUGGCAGAGCUGGACAUGGAUUUCUCACCGCCGCCCCCAUAUGCAGGACCAAGAGGCUUCUUCGAUGAGGACGAUACGACACCUAGCAGACCUGUUAUUUGUUACAGCAAUCCGCCGUCGAAGAGCCGUCUCCGCGAGGACGCCUGUCGCGACCAAUCCCAACAUUUUCAAGACACCAAGGACCUAGCCCUGAUCUGGCGAAGAAGAACAAUGAUGUUCGGAAGCACGCUAUGAAGCACGCCCUGAAGCACGCCCUCAAGCACAACAACUCUUAGACAGCAACCAACAUGAGUCGUUCCUUGAUGAUUCGUCCCAUCACCCAGCAAUUUGGCAUCCCAUUUGGUGCAUUCGCCAAAACCUGCCCGAACGGGGAUGGUACCAAGCGGCGCCACAGGGACCGGUAAACCCGCAACUUCGGUAACAGAGUUUGUGUGCCGCAUGUUAUGGUGGUGGCAGGGGCAUGAUCAGCGUUGUACGCGGUGGACGGCAUGUGUUCAAC